AUGCCGGAGCAAGAAUCCUUGACAGGGCAGGAAAUGAGUACAAUUCGCGAUGGUUCUUCCGCCGAUGGCAUAAAUAUUGCAAAUAUGGAACGAGCUAGAGACACGGUAAGUGCGCAAACCGGCGUAGAAGGGGAAACAGAGAUAGCCUCUGGAGAUGAGGAAGAUAGCAUAGAGGAUGAGGGAAGCAGCAGUGGAGGAAACAGUGCGACAGAAAGACUUGUGCCACACCACUUGAGAGAGCAAGCUGCCCGGCACAUUGGAAGAAUAGGAAGACAUUUUAAUAUUCUUGAUAGACUUUUUAAGAAACGUGCACAGCAGUCAUCCGAUUUACAGCAAGGUGCUAUGUUUGAUGGUGUAUUUAGCAAUUUGAGCGCAAAACCAGAUACCACAGAAACAGAACGUAAUAAUGAACAAGAUAUACCACCUACUUAUGACGAAGCCGCUGCUGAUAUGGCACCCUCGUACUAUGGAAUGGACUUGAACAAUACAGAUAUUUAUUACGAUGAAAUAUGCAUCGAGGGCCUCCCCGUAGGAAAUAUAGCAAAUCUAUUAUGGAAUAUCAUCGUGAGUACAAGUUUCCAGUUCAUUGGCUUUUUGAUAACUUACAUUUUGCACACAUCGCACGCAGCCAAACAAGGUUCAAGAUUCGGGUUAGGGUUAACUUUCAUUGGAUACGGUUAUUCAAUGAUUCCCAAUGAUGUUACUUCAAAAGUUGGUAAGAAUAAAAGCUUGAAUAGAAUCAAAUUAGAGGAUCCAAAUGAAUUCGAUAAUGUUCGCCUUAAUUCCCAAACGGCAACCCAAGAUAAUUUUGAAUCACAUUUAAAUCAUGGUUUGGAUGAGGAAAAGCAAAGCAUACCAUGGCUAGCUGUUUUUGUAGGGCUUCUAGGUGCAUUUAUCACUCUCAAGAGUAUAUACGACUACAUUCAAGUUAAAAAACUGGAGAAAAAAUAUCUUAACCAAAGUCAAAAUCAAGCAUAG